GUCCAGGCUGAACUCCGACGCGACCCUUGCUAGCAGCUUCCCCAGCUCCGCCUGCCCCACCACCCCUCAUAGCUCUCCUAUGAUCCAACGGCUCAUUGCUGUCGUGAUAUUACCAUCCCGUACGAUACAGUAACAGCGAACAAGCCGUGCCCUCAUAAUCACUUCAUACACCAACGCAUCCCUCCGCCGCCAAGAUGUUAAUCAGAGUCAGGACACUCACCGGCAAGGAGAUCGAGCUGGACAUCGAAAGCGACUACAAGGUCUCCCAGAUCAAGGAGAAGGUCGAGGAGAAGGAAGGCAUCCCGCCCGUGCAGCAGAGGUUGAUCUUUGGUGGCAAGCAGAUGGUGGACGACAAAACCGCCGCCGACUAUCAACUGGAGGGCGGCUCUACGCUGCAUUUGGUCCUUGCGCUACGUGGUGGCUGUUGAUCGACGGGACGGGGGCGGAUGAGCCAUGUACUUGAAGAGUGAAUACCGGGAAAUCAAUGCCUCGAAAGACGAGGCCAGGUGGUUACUGCGCGGACCAUAGAAACCGGAGGAGAAACAAUAAUAACCACUCGAGAAGCUGUGCGAUAGGGCAAAUGAUACCAGGUUGAUGUGGUGCCUCUGAGAAAGGGUGGCAUAUGCGGCUCUAAUACGUCCACGAAGCCGUUGGCCGCCACGAGUUCUCUAAUGGAAAAUGGGCUAAAGGCUGGGUAUUGCAAUGAUCUCAGUCUAUAUUGUGUUGCGUGGAGACGAGUACAUCAAGCACAGAUGAUGGAAUCUCAGCAUGCUUGACUUGCAGUGAUUUCUUCAGUAAUCAACUAUUUUAACUCUCCCGUUUGAAGCGG